AGACAUUUCAAGGACUCUAACCCCACUGCGCUGUGGACUGGAGAGGAGCCAUGGAGUCCUGGGCAAGGUGCAUCUUUCUUCUUUUGCUGCAGAUCCUGACAGGGGGACGUGGAGAUAUAUUGCCCUCAGUAUGUGGCCACUCCCGAGAUGCUGGGAAGAUUGUGGGUGGCCAAGAUGCUCUGGAAGGACAAUGGCCUUGGCAAGUCAGCCUGUGGAUCACCGAGGAGGGCCACAUAUGCGGGGGCUCCCUCAUCCACGAGGUGUGGGUGCUCACGGCUGCCCACUGCUUCCGCAGGUCUCUGAACCCUAGCUUCUACCACGUGAAGGUUGGAGGACUGACACUUUCCCUUCUGGAAACCCACUCAACCUUAGUGGCCGUGAGGAACAUCUUCGUGUAUCCCACCUACCUCUGGGAAGAUGCGUCUAGCGGGGACAUUGCCCUGGUGCAGCUGCACACCCGUCUGCAGCCCUCUCAGUUCACUCCUGUCUGCCUCCCAGCAGCCCAACUUCCUCUCACCCCUGGGACUAUCUGCUGGGUGACAGGCUGGGGGGCCACCCAGGAAAGAGACAUGGCGAGUGUCCUCCAGGAGUUAGCUCUGCCUCUCCUGGACUCAGACGACUGUGAAAAGAUGUACCACACCCGGGGGAGCAGCCUGUCAGGGGAGCGAAUCAUCCAGUCAGAUAUGCUCUGUGCGGGCUUCGUAGAAGGCCAGAAGGACUCCUGCCAGGGUGACUCUGGAGGACCCCUCGUCUGUGCCAUCAACAGUUCUUGGAUCCAGGUUGGGAUCACCAGCUGGGGUGUUGGCUGUGCUCGGCCAUACAGGCCUGGUGUCUACACUCGGGUGCCCACCUAUGUGGACUGGAUUCAGAGGAUCCUGGCAGAGAACCACUCUGAUGCCUACGGGUGCCACUCCAGGGCCUCUGGGGCAUACCAAAUACUGCUGCCAGUGUUGCUAGCCUUUGCCUUGCCAGGGUCCCUGUGAACUGCGAGCUCUAGAGCUCUGGAUCGUCUUCUGCUGGGCUCGGAGACUCAGAAGCUCAACAUGGACACUGAGAAAAUGAAUCUCCAAUGGUGGUUUUGUGUGGGAAAGGUAACUUGGUCCCCAGCUGAGCCAAGGCUUGAAGCCUCCGUACUUCUGAAGGAAUGGUAGGCGCGUCACCUGUUCCCGGGCACCAGACCCCUGUCAUAGCCUCAGACCUCCAUAGAUUUGUAGCCAUCAGUCACACAAGGGCAACGUCCCAACCCCCUCCAUAUGUAGAGGAUGUGACCUGUGGUCACGUAGGCUCAAGACAGAUCUUCAUUUUAAUGAGGCACCUAAAGGCCUGGAAGGCUUAGCCAAUAAGCUUUCCUUCCCAGACACUCCUUCCUGCAGAAAAUAUUUGACCUCAGGCCCACCCUGAGAAAGCUGGGUACAAUUUUACUCAUCCACUUUCUGCCAUGACAAUAAAUGCCUUAAAACCA